UCUCUCUCUGAGAGCACAGCAUAUAAAAACCGCUGCCGGCGGCAGCGGCGCCGGCUACGCCAAGCGAAGGCGAGCAGCCCAAGGUCUCCUCUCCACAAAAAUCCCCAAACCCCAGCUGCCGACUGCCACGCGACUCGUGUGCCGCCAAAGCGCCGUCCAAGCCCAGCCGCCCCAUGGCGACGGCGCUGACGCCGACGCAGCGCUACGCGGCGGGGGCCCUGCUGGCGCUCGCGCUCCGCCAGGCGCAGAUCCACCAGUCCGUCCUCCUCGGCUCCCCCUCCGCCUCUGCCUCCGCCUCCGACGACGAGCGCGCCAGCGGCAGCAGCAGCUCCGCCGGCAGCGGAGAGGACGCCGCCGCCGACGCGGAGCUCUGGACGCACGACUCCCGCGGCCUCCUCCGCCCCGUCUUCAGGUUCCUGGAGAUCGACCCCGCGGCGUGGGCGGGGCUGGAGGAAACGGCGGCGUCGCCAGAGGCCAAGCAUCACAUCGGCGCGUUUCUGAGGAUAAUCUUCGAAGAAGAUGGCGAGAGCUCCUCACAUGAAUCCGAUCAGGAACUUGCAUUGGCAAAAGGAGUUGAUGUGAUGAUCAUGAGUCUGGCCAGUGACACUGUUGUGGAUGAAACAGUCAAAGAGGGUGAUCAAGGUGCUGUGCCUCCUGUGGACUUGCUGGGAGUCGAUAAGUUGUCAUUGGAUGAUCUUCCUGCCAACAAUCACCGUAAGAUGACGCUCUUGUUCGCGCUUCUCUCUGCUUGCGUGGCUGAUAAACCUGUAUCGCAAGAGGAAGAGGACAGGAAGUCCUCUCGCUUCAGGAAGGGUUAUGACGCCCGGCAUCGUGUUGCUCUUCGGUUACUAGCAACAUGGCUUGAUGUGAAGUGGAUCAAAAUGGAAGCUAUUGAGGUAAUGGUUGCAUGCUCUGCUAUGGCAGCAGCAAAAGAACAAGAGCAAUCAGGAGAAAAUGCAUCCCCUAAAAGCAAAUGGGAGAAAUGGAAGCGUGGAGGAAUCAUUGGUGCAGCUGCUUUGACUGGAGGAGCAUUGCUGGCUAUAACUGGGGGUUUAGCCGCUCCAGCAAUUGCUGCAGGAUUUGGUGCUCUUGCUCCAACGCUUGGCACACUUGUCCCUGUUAUUGGAGCCAGCGGAUUUGCUGCUAUGGCUACUGCUGCAGGAUCUGUUGCUGGCUCUGUGGCCGUGGCUGCAUCAUUUGGAGCUGCUGGAGCUGGCUUGACGGGGACCAAAAUGGCCAGAAGAAUUGGGAGUGUAAAAGAAUUUGAGUUCAAACCUAUUGGUGAAAACCAUAAUCAGGGUCGUCUUGCAAUUGGCAUCUUGAUUUCUGGAUUUGCUUUUGAUGAGGAGGACUAUAGUAGACCUUGGGAAGGAUGGAAGGAUAACCUAGAGAGGUACAUUCUCCAAUGGGAGUCUAAGCAUAUAAUCGCAGUGAGUACAGCAAUACAAGAUUGGUUGACAUCAAGGCUUGCUCUGGAAUUGAUGAAGCAGGGCGCGAUGAGAACAGUCUUAAGUGGCUUUCUUGCAGCAUUUGCGUGGCCUGCUACUCUGCUCGCGGCUACAGAUUUUAUUGAUAGCAAAUGGUCCGUUGCUAUUGACAGAUCAGAUAAGGCAGGGAAAAUGCUUGCUGAAGUGCUUCUAAAGGGAUUGCAAGGGAACAGGCCUGUUACCCUCGUUGGGUUUUCACUAGGGGCACGCGUCAUAUUCAAGUGUUUACAGGAGCUUGCUUUAUCAAGUGAUAACGAGGGACUUGUUGAGAGGGUUGUACUGCUAGGCGCACCAGUCUCGGUGAAAGGCGAGCGGUGGGAGCCUGCCAGAAAGAUGGUUGCUGGAAGAUUUGUGAAUGUAUACUCCAAAGACGACUGGAUCCUCGGUGUCACCUUCCGCGCAAGUCUACUAACCCAAGGAUUGGCUGGAAUCCAGGCUGUUGAUGUUCCUGGUGUUGAAAAUGUUGAUGUUACUGAGCUUGUUGAUGGCCAUUCCUCCUACCUGUCGGCGGCGCAACAGAUCCUGGAGCAUCUUGAGCUAAAUACCUAUUACCCUGUUUUUAUCCCUUUUACAGCAGUUAGCAGCAAAUAACAUACAGAUGUAACAGUCGCCUAGAGAAAAUAUGCGAGUUAAGACCUAACGAAUCCGAGAAGAAGCGUGUACAUUUUGUAUAUAGUAAACCGUAUGAGUUUUUACUGCACGCAAGUGUUGUUGCGACAAACUAGUCAGCCUCGUGCUAUAUAUAGUGUGCAAAUCUGUGUGCAGCACUUGCAUUCUGUU